UUUGUGUGGGAUGGUAUCUGAUGACUGCCAAAUAGAAAAAUAAGUGACAGUAAACUGCACUAGCAUGUGCUAUUUAUAGGAUACAGAAAGGGGAAGCAUAGGGUGUAUAAAGCAACAUAUUGUGUGCAUAGCCAUUAUUUUGAACUGAAUGAGAUUUUGUUUGAGUGCUGACAGUAGGCCUACUAGAGACUGCAUCGCGUUGACCACUGGGUGGCUAAAUAGGCAUUUUAACGGCUUGGGGAAUAAGCCAGCCUCUUUGUUUACUUCCACUCAGGACAGAUGAUCAGUCUGUCCCUUUAACAGGGCUAUCGACUCUGGAUUCCAGUAGAAAAGCGGCGUUUUAAAUGCCUGCCUUGACGUCACUAAACUUUUUAAGCAGCUCCAGCGAGCGGAAUGUGAGGAGACUGUAGUGCGGGUCCCGAUGGUAACGGAGGCGAGCGGCUUUACGCGGCGCAGCCAGAAAAUCUCCACUCUCAAUCGCCCAUCCACAAGUGUCCACGCUUUUCAGUCGACCCGUGUGAGGCGUACAACUCAAGGCAUCGUUAUAGGCAGAGCAGCAUCAGAUCGCCCGGAGACACCCCACAGAACCUACAGCAUGAACCGAGCCUUCAGCCGGAAGAAAGAUAAACCCACCAUGCUCACCCCCGAAGCCCUGGUGAAGCAGCACGUGGCGUACAACGCUAAGUUCCUGGGGAUCACCGAGGUGGACCAGCCAAAAGGCACCGACGUGGUGAAGGUUGCUGUACGGAAGCUCAAGUUUCAAAGGCACAUCAAGAAGUCUGAGGGACAGAAGUCUCCCAAAGUGGAAUUGCAGAUUUCCAUCUACGGAGUGAAAAUCUUAGAUCCAAAGACAAAAGAAGUACAGCAUAAUUGCCAGUUACACAGAAUGUCCUUCUGCGCUGAUGAUAAAACGGACAAGAGGAUAUUCACGUUCAUCUGCACCGACCCCGAGACCAAGACGCAUCUGUGCUACGUAUUCGACAGCGAUAAAUGUGCAGAGGAGAUUACCCUCGCCAUCGGUCAAGCGUUUGACCUGGCAUACAAAAAAUUCCUGGAAUCCGGUGGUAAAGAUAUGGAGACCAGAAAACAGAUAGGCAACCUACAGAAGAGGAUUCAAGAUCUAGAGGCCGAGAACUCCAGAUUAAAAAAGCAGCUGCAGGAUUUGGAGGACCAGCUGACGAAUGGCCAGGUUUCUCCACUCCUCCACCUAAACCCCAGUAACGAGGCCUUCAUGAUGCAGAGGCCGUCGGCUCUGUUCUGGUGCGGCGGUGACCUGACAGCCCUCGCCUGUCUGGAGAUCUCCUCCCUCACGCUCACCCCCGCCAGCUCCCCCGAUUCCAGCCAAUCAGCCGGCCUGAUCACGCCCCCACCCUCUAAACCUGCCCAAUCAAAGCCCCUCUGCAACCACAGUGUGCCACGCCCUCGCGCCGGGAGCAUCCCUGUGCGAGGGCGGUCCACGGACGUCUUUGACAUGGUGCCCUUCUCCCCCGUGUCACCCAUGACAAAGAUACCGGCCAGCAACGGGGACAGCCCGCCCCCCUUCACACCACCUCCUCCUCCUCCUCCUCCUCCUUGUCUGCCGCUGAAGGAGAGGAGUGAGUAUCUCACUCUGACCGGGAUGGACCUGUUUGGAGCUGAACCAUUUGACCCUUUCAGCAGUGUGCCUGCAGACUACUCUCCCGACAUACAAUCCAAGCUGGAGGAGAUGCAGCGGCAAAGAUGGCGGGGUUCAAAAUGGGACUAAUUCUGGAAGGCACUGUGUUUUCAAUGGAUUCAGUGGAUAGUCGAUGUUGAUGUCAAAACUAAAGUUUUUAUGUAAAUAGAAAUGUAAGUUGUAAAUGACUUGAAAUGAUUUCUUGCUGGAAUGUUAAAUCAAGAUCAAGAUUUCAGUGUAUUUCUAUUUACAUUUUGCAUUGUGUCAAAGAGAAAUACUGUUAAAGCCACUUAUGUGGAGUUUUUUAUUUUUGUAGGAUGAAUGAAACGAGAUGGAUAUAUGUAAGGCUCUGAGCAUUUAAUUAUUUGAUAUCAUACAAUGGUGAAAUUCAUGUAUUUGAACCUAACAAUGAAACUACCAACUCUUUAGAGGGCAUUUUAAUGUAAUUACAAAUUUAAAUCUAUUUAAUUUAGCAAUUUCUUUAUUUUAGAAUUUUGCACAUGGAAGAACUUGAAAACUUCUUCUGAAUUUAUUCUAUGUUCACCGGAAUAUUGUACUGGUGGCACUUGCAUUGAUGUCUAUGAGGAUUUCAGAACAAAUCCUAACAUAGUGACAUAAUAUUUCACCUACAAAGCUGCUUUGCAUGUCCUCAUAACUCAAACUAACAUUUAUCAUCGUUUAAAACACACAUUUACACCUUUAAUCAUAAUUGUUUGCAUUGCAAAGUUGCUGAAUGUCAACAUUUUUGUUUAGUCCAUUUAGCCAAGACUUUUACAGGGGUUUUUUUUCCGGGUAAAAUUUUGGUGAUUCAAAGCAGUUGUAUUAACAUCAGCAUGUACACCAUACCAGCACUUCCCCUCUUAUAACCACUAUUACUUUAACUAUUCUGUUCUUUCAAGAAUUAUUUCUAUUCUUACAUCAAUCUUAAGAGAGGUGGAAACCCCAAGAUGUGCACUUACACAAAGGCUUAGAACUGCAAAUGUUAUGUGUUUUUCUAUUCUAUCUGGAGAAUAAAUUGUAAAUGUCCUUAA